ACUAGGUAGAAGAAAAGCAAUAGCACGCAACCACAUCCUGCAUUUCUCUAAUUCCUAUACACUUUCCUUUUUCCAACUAUUCUCUUUUUAUCCUCUGUCAACCAAUUUCUAAGUUCCUUACCCUAAAAAUGGCUGAUGCCCUUAUCUCCACACUACUAGAAAAGUUAGCUUCAAUGACUUAUGAAUACGUAGCCGAAGAGGUGACACUUGUUUUGAACGUUGAGAAAGAAGUUAAAGAAUUUGCUCGCAAUCUAAAAGCAAUUCGGGCUGUGCUUGAGGAUGCAGAGCAAAAGCAAGUGAAAGAGGCCAGCGUGAGAGACUGGUUGGAUAAUCUCAAGGAAAUAUCCUCCGACAUGGUAGAUGUGCUGGAUGACUGGAACGGUGAGAUUUUGAGACAACAAGUUGAGAAGCAAGAAAGGGAAGGCACAAGUGCUGUUGUUGCUAAGAAAAAGGUACGUUUCCCUAUUGUCCCCCGCUGCUUUUGUUGUGGCCAUGUUGGGCGGGUAAUUCCUCGUCAUAAAAUUGCUCAGGAGAUUAAGGAUCUGAAUGAGAGGUUAACUGUGAUCUAUAAGCAAAGAGAAAUGUAUAAUUUUCAACUUAUAGAAAUAGCCAUUCAAAAACCUCAAACCCCUCAAACCUCGUCUUUUGUCGAUCAAUCUAAGAUAUUUGGCCGAGAAGAAGAAAAGGGUAGUUUGGUAAGUAAGUUGGUGAGUGACGAAGAAGGGAGGGGGCUCCUCAUCAUUCCUAUUCUAGGGAUGGGGGGAAUGGGAAAGACAACUUUAGCCCAACAAGCCUAUAAUGAUGCCGCUGUCAAAGCCUAUUUUCACAAAAGAAUAUGGGUUUGUGUGUCAGACCCUUUUGAUGUGAUCAAAAUUGCAAAAGCCAUUACUAGUGAUGAGUCCAUAAGUUCAAAUGACUUGGAUCACGCCUUACAACGUAUGUCUAGAUCUAUUGAGGAAGAAAAGUUUCUCUUGGUAUUGGAUGAUGUGUGGACUGAAGACACUACACAGUGGGACCAGUUAAAGGUACCACUGAUGCAAAAUAGUGCUGAAGGCAGUAGAAUAUUGGUCACCACAAGAAAAGAAAGGGUUGCUAGUAUGGUGAGAUCAACCAAUUUCAUGAUAAAUCUUCGAGUGUUGAGUGAACCACAUUGUUUGUCAAUCUUCAAACACAUGGCAUUUCGUAAUAGGGAAGCAGAUGAGUAUGAAGUGUUUGGAGAUAUUAGUAGGGAAAUUGUAAAGAAGUGCAAGGGUUUGCCUCUUGUUGCAAAGACUUUGGGUAGUCUCAUGCGCGAUAAGAGAACAAUGAAGGAAUGGAAAGAUGUUUUGGAUAGUAAGAUAUGGGAUUGGAAAGAAGUGGAGGAAGAAGUUUUCCGACCAUUGCUUCUAAGUUAUUAUGAUUUGACCCCUGUAGAUAAAUGUUGCCUGUUAUAUUGUGGAAUUUUUCCCAAAGAUUAUGAGUUAGAGAGGGAUAUAUUGAUAAAUCUUUGGAUGGCACAAGAUUAUCUUGAUUCGGAACGGAAUAAAGAUAAGGGCAUAAUUGGCAAUAUUGUUUUUGAUAACUUAGUUGCACGGUCGUUUUUUCAAGAUUUUGAGAAAGAUGAUGAUAGUGGUAAGAUUCUAGGUUGCAAAAUGCAUGAUAUUGUACAUGACUUUGUGCACUUUCUCACCAAGAAGGAAUGUUUGAUUACGAAUGCUAAUCAAGGUGCUAACAGUGAGAUAGAGGCAUUGGGCGGCAAGCUUCGCCAUUUAACCUUAACAUAUGUUCCCGACAGUUCAUAUUCACUUCCUACCUCAUGUUACAAUUUCAAAAAACUACGUACCCUCGCAGUUUUUGCAUCACGGGCAUGCAUAGACGCACGUUUUGUUUUGCAAUUGAAAUGUCUUAGGACAUUAAAUUUGAUCGGUAGUUCCGUUAAAGAACUCCCGGAGGAGAUUGGUCAAUUGGUACAUUUGAAGCAUCUUGAUUUGUCUAUGAAUCCUUAUUUGAUGAAAUUACCGGACCCUAUUUGUAAUUUAUACAAUUUGUAUACCUUGGUCAUUCGGUAUUGCGGUUCACUUUCAAAUUUGCCUCGUAACAUGAGCAAGUUGAUUAAUUUAAGGCAUCUUUAUGUGAUGGAAUCUGAUCUGGAGUACUUGCCAAAAGGGAUAGGGAGAUUAACAAGUUUGCAAACACUAGAUGAGUGUUGUGUUUUUUUUGGUCGCAAUGACGAAGCAUUCAAAUUUGGGGAUCUGAGAAGCUUGAACAACCUUCGGGGCAGUCUCAGAAUAUUACUUAUGGGGGAUAUGAUUGAUGUAAGCGAGGUUGUGGAACUACAAUUGGUUGACAAAAAACAAAUUUUUAAUCUCCAAAUUCAAUUUGAUCGGUGGCCUCCGCUCGCUACGACUCCAGAGGGUAGUCUUCAAAUAUUGAAUGCCUUACAACCGCAAGAAGAUCUGGAAUCUUUAGACAUCAAUGGGGUUGUGGCUCCCACCUGGCCGAGAUGGUUGACGGAUUUGAACAUGUUGAGAUUCCUUACUCUUGGUCAUUGUGUAAAUUGGAAAACUGUGCCUCCUCUUGGUAAAUUGCCCUUCCUUGAAAGACUGAAGCUAUCGGAGAUGAGGCUCAUAGAAAAGGUUGGUGGCGAAUUUUUGGGACUAGAAGACGACCAAGCAGCAUUCAAGUCAUCCUCCUCGAUAUUCCCAAAACUGAAAGACCUCUGCUUUGCGUGGAUGUCGGAUUGGAAAGAGUGGGAAGGCGUGAGAGGGUGGAAGAAAGAGGAUUCUAAAUUUCCUACAAUCAUGCCUUGUCUUUUUUCCUUGACUAUUGAGUGGUGCGAAGAGCUAGAAACACUGCCAGAUUUCCUCUGCAAAAUACCAAUUCAGAAUCUUACCAUCAGGAGAUGUCCGAAACUUAUCUGUCGUUGUACAGAAGCCAGUGAAGAGGAGUGGCCUAAAAUUUCUCACAUCCCAAACAUCAUCCGCUCCGAAUCUUAUUACUAGUGGUGGCUCGCAAAGGCAUCUUCUGUGGGUAAUCCUAUUUGAAAAGUAAAAAUAUUUGUUCAUAUCGUUUCAGGGAGUCCAGUGAUGAAGCUAAAGGGGUGAUCAUGUAGAGACCACCCAAGUAUGCCUCCCGAGGUCUCGGGCUGUUGCAUUGUAUAAAUUUUAUUAUUUGGAUUCCGUCGAUUUCAGGGUUUCAAUGUGAUUUCACAAUAAUAUCUUUUUUUAUGAUAGUUAUGCUAGAGUAGAAGUGACAUUGUUGUUUUAAUUUAAAAAAAGAGUUUCAGUGUGGAUUUGAUACAUCUUGUAUUGGUUGUUUGAGAUUUGUUUGUUAUGAUUGUUGUCAUGAUCAAUGUCGGGCUGUAUGUCUCGUUUGACAGAUUAUUCCUUUUUUUUUUUUUUUUUUUUAAUAAAUCUACUAUUUGAGAAUUUUAAUGUGAAUCUGAUAUUGUGGAUGUUUAAUGAGUUUUUCUUCAUUAUUGUUUAAUUUUGUAAUCGAUAAAUGUUGUUUUCUAUUCGUAGAUUUAAUCAAGUUUUUCCUUAUAGUUUGGUUUCAGUAUUUAAUACAAGUCUCAUGUGAAACAUGCCACAACUUCUCAAAGGGUAAGCAAAUGACACUUUUUGAGAGAUAAAAAUUGCUAACCCUCUUUGAGAUGCUCUUGUAAAACGGAAAUCCGACAAUAUUUAAGUUUUUUUAAUAACAUUAUUAAUAAUAUUUAAGUUCUUUUAUUAAUCCUGUGACCAAACAUAUCCCUUCGUCUUUUCUCCAACAAAUCCGCGCAUCUACCAACCAUGGCAGUCAUGGCUUGUCUUCUCCGGCGACACCAAUGGCACAAUUCCUUCCCUUCUCCGGCGUCCCAAACCUAUAUUCCAUCUCUUCUACAACAACUGCGACUCGUCCUCGGUGGUGGAGGACGGUGAUUAAUGAGGCCGAGUAAAGCAUUGCUGACGAAGAAGCCUAUGAUGCGGCUGAAUCGAAUCAGAAUUCGAGAUCGUCGCGUCCUGGUGGUUGAUGGUGGACCGAGGUCACAGUUGAGGCAUCGAGACAUAAUCCUUUCCGCCAACAUCCGAGCUUUUCAUGCACGAAUCCGUUUCGGAUUGGAUGAAAAUUUAAAACCCAGAAAAAGUUGGGUUUCCGGGUGAGUUCUCCGGCCGAUUGCAGGUGUGAUGACAUUGUGGUGAUUUAUUCUAUUAAAUUGACGCUCAAUUUCCUCCGAAGCCGGAGAUGCAACGUCGAUAUCCAUGGGAAACACCGAAACAGA